GUUGGUUCUUUAUUUCCAGUGUUCUGUUCAUAAUGAACAGUCUUUUCAUUUAUUUGUGCGGUAUUCUGAAAGAGCUCCUGGGAUUGACAGACUACAGCAAGGCGCAGGAUGGCAAGGACCUACAUCUCUGUCCUGAUGCUCUACGGCACGAGCCUGAUCGGCAGAGCGCUGCUCGCUGAGGUCCACUCCGUGGCAGCGAAGCGUGGGUACAACGUCAGGCUGCCCUGCUCCUUCCGCAUGAGCGGCGCCGGGGGCUACAUGGGGUGGUUCAGGCACGGGCCAAACGAUUCGGUGCCCCUGUGCAUCUUUUCGGUGUAUGAUGGUGGUCAUUCAGAAGUUAAACAUCACAACAAAUUCCGCCAAGAACAUAUAAAACUGCACUGGACCAACAGCAGUUUCGACUGUGAAAUUAUAAACGUGGAUUUAUCGGACUCUGGUCUGUAUUUCUGUGGACAAAUGACGACAUCCAAAUUGGUCUUCGACAGUGCAACACGGGUGGAGGUUGAAGGACAGAUGUCACCGACAACAACAGAAGAAGGACAUUGCGAAGAAAGUGUAUGUGUCUCUCAUUUUCCCAUCCUCUGGGCCUUGGGAGGAGUGAGUGCAAUACAGCUCGUGGUGAUUUUCGUCUUGGUCUGCAGAGUCGCUGGGACAGGGAAAGCUUCUCAGCAUAACUCAGACAACAAACGGGUGGAUGAAGACCCAGAAACACUGAAUUACGCGGCAUUGAAUUUUGCUCAGAACAGGAAGAAACCCAGGAGGAGGGAAGAGCUGGACACCCAUGUUGUAUAUGCUGCUACAAGAUGAAGGGUGGGGGGGGCUGGGAUAUUAUGCAGCAAGAAACUGAACUCCUUCUCUGCCCAUCACCCCACUGGUUAAGUGUUCCCGACAACACUUUAUGCUGCAUGAGUACCACAUGCUUUUUCCAGAUAAUAACAAAAAACAAUAUUGUAUCACACGUGAUUUUUGGAAAUAUUAUUCCAGGGGCACCUAGUGACGGUCUGCUGGUGAUGAUCUGUGACCAAAACAUUUGUUUGCCUUGAAUUUUGAACAUUUUGUACAAUAAAUCAUCACAAUAAAUACUUUUGCUGAA